GUUAAUUAUUUUAUUGUUGUUGUCUUAAGGUCAUAGGUAACCAAAAUCUUUGGUUGUUGUGAUUGUAAUAAUGGAUUGUAUUGAAUGAACAAAUUUUCAUUUUAUAUUGUAUUGUAGGUAGGUAAAAUAAGUUUGAAUUUCAAGAAAUAAUUUCUACCUACAUAUGUAUUUGUUUAAAAAAGACUUCGGCAAGUCGUAGUAGUUCUUUAAAAAUGUCGGCUAUAGGUCCAGAAUUUUUGGCUUUUAUAAAGAAACUGGAAGAAAACGGCGAUAAACUAACACCUGGAACACCAUCAGAACAGCCUCUUGAUUUUGAAUUUGUUAACACAACAUGCUAUGUGUGCAAUGGCUACUAUGGCCCAAGUUUUGGAGAGCCAGUUUGUGUCACCUGCCACUCGUUUCUGUUCCCUGACUUCCCGUCAUAUCUCCCCACCUCAUACUUUUAUAGCGAGAAAACUGAUGAUGGAGACUCGGGAAAUGAUGAACCAACAGACUUAAACUACAGCAUGGCACGAGCUGGUGCCAGAGGAGUUGUGUGUGGAUUGCCCACUUGGUGGUAUUACCGAGUCACUAAUUCUCUAGAAAGUGAGACUAGUCCAGAGGAUGGGGUGCCAACCAUGCCGUCAGUUAGUAACUGUAGCAUUAGGGCUGACAAGCCAGGGUACUAUUACGAACUCCGUGACCCCGAGAUACCUGACUUGCAAGCGUGCCUGCAACCACCACCGCCUCCACAGCCACCGAGUUUAGCAAGAUCAUUGCAAGCAUUGUCCACUCCGAGACCACCAGAUAAUCUGGCUCCUGGGUUGGUGGAACACCUUCCUUCUGAGGUGCUGCUGUGCAUCUUCAGCUACCUGGACGACAUGUCGCUGUGCGCUUGCGCGUGCGUGUGCGCGCGCUGGUGGCGCCUCGUGCGCGCGCACGUGCCGCCCGCGCGCUGGGCCGCCUUCGCCGCCAAGCGGUGGCCGCUGUUCAAGCCUCUGCUGGCUAACAUUGAUUGGCACAAGAAAUAUCAAGCUCUAGUGGAGUCUUCGUUUUGCAGGAACUGUUUAGUGCAGAUGUGUGUGCAGGCGCCGCCGGUCGGCGUCGAGAACGCCUGGCGCAGGAAUAGGCUGAGGAACGAACUGAAAAUGCUUCGCAACGACCCUCCAGAAGGCAUAGCGGCGACGCCACUGGACGCCAAGUGCUGUCACUGGCAGGCCAGCAUCACUGGCCCAGUGGGCUCGCCUUACGAGGGAGGGGUGUUCUAUCUCUAUGUGCAGGUUACGUAUGGAUACCCCAUGAACCCGCCGGUGGUGCGGUUCCUGACCCGCAUCCUGCACCCCAACGUGUCCCGCCACGGGGACGUGGGCAUCGACUCCGUGCACCACAACUGGUCGCUCGCCCUCACCAUCAGCAAGCUGCUCAUCUCCAUACAGAGCCUGCUCACUGAUCCUUACACUGCGGUGUGCAUGGAGCCGGAAGUGGGCGAGAUGUACGUGCGCGAGCGCACGCGCUUCGAGGCUCUGGCGCGCCGCUGGACGUGGCGCUACGCCAUGCACGACCUCAUGCCUCAGUAGACGGAAAUGCCUAUUUCUCUGAGUAAACAUAUAAUACAUAAUUAAAUAUCCUUACAUAUAAUAAAAAGAAGUCCCCCUGUAGUGUCUGUCUGUAUGAACGCAAUUAAGUCAUUUGAAUCUAGAAGGCAAAUGUGGCCUCUGUGUUAAAAUCUAUAACUUUCAAAAUCUAUAUAAGAUAGUUGGUGGCAUACAAAUUCAAAUUGUUUACACAUUAGUUGUAAGAUUUUCAUAUUGAUGUCAAAAACCUUUAUAGCCAAGUCUACUGCUGAUUUCCAAACAGUAAUUAUUUAUAAGAUAAAUUAGACAUAAAGCGCAAGUGAAGAAGCGGCGCUACAAACUUCCGUAGCUUUUUUCAAAGACGUCAAUUAACAUAAUAUUUCCAGAUGGAUAUUAAAUUCUGUGAUUACUUUUUACCUUUGUUUAGAUUUACUAUGUUUGAACAUUAUGUCGACAUCAAAUUCAUGAACUUCUUAUCUAGAAGCUAAAAUUGUGACCAAUGUUUUGUUUUUUGCGGACGAAUUUUAUAAAUGUUAAAAAAAUUACUCGUGUUCGAAAAAAACUGGGCGGUGGAUUGAAAAAGUGAAAUUAUACGAAAUUGCACCCAAAAUGUAUGUGGCAACAAAUUAUGUAGGCUUUAAAGUAGAUUAGAAUUUUUAUUCAACUAUCUGCAAUUGUUUAAAUACUUAUAUUCUUUGUAAAUAUGUUAAAGUUACAAAUAUAUAAUAGUAUUUAGAUCUCAUAUUCGUAAAAUAUACAUAAUUUAUGUAUCUCUUACUUUAACGUCCCUAAAGUUUGUAAAUAUAUUUUUAAGCAUUGUGUACACACAAAUGUUUAUUUACUAUUUUCCACCAUAAAUUCUUUGCUUCAAGUACAUUAUGUUUGUUUGUGUUCAACAAGUAAAGAUCGUACUGUGGUAUAGAAAUCAUGUAUACACAAUUAUAUAAAUAAAUAAAUAUUUAAACUUUA